AUGUCCAAAAUUACAGUCAAGCUUGUUGCAGCGGAGUCGUUGUACAAGAGAGACGUGUUCCGGUCGCCGGACCCGUUCUCCGUAUUAACAAUAGAUGGCUCACAAACAAAGUCGACCGCUGCGGCUCGGAAGACGUUAAAUCCUUACUGGAACGAAACAUUUACUUUUACCGGGGUCAAUGAAAACGGGAUCUUGACAAUCCAGGUUUUUGAUCAAAAAAAGUUCAAGAAGAAGGACCAGGGGUUUCUUGGAGUAGUCAACGUGCGAAUUGGCGACGUACUGGGUCACUUAGACGAAGACUCCAUCAAUAGGGGUGCGCGUCGGGAAGAGACUAUCACCCGCGAUCUUAAGAGGUCCAAUGAUGGCAUGGCUGUCAGUGGGCGUCUGAUUCUGGUCCUCUCUACAGCACCAUCCGGUGCACAUACUUCGUCGCAUACCGCGAGUUCUAGUGCGCAGGCAUCGGACGAAAGCAGGGCUCAUGCCUCGACUCAUGCCGCGUCUUCGAACUCCACUUCCACGCCAGCCCAAACUGUGGCAAACACACUCCAAAGUGGAACCACUUCAGCUCCUAUAACAGCUGCUGCUGCCUCAUCCAGGCAGUACUCCUCCUUCGAAGAUCAAUAUGGCCGCUUGCCUCCGGGCUGGGAGAGAAGAACUGACAACUUUGGGCGCACAUACUACGUUGAUCACAACACCAGAACUACCACUUGGAAAAGACCUACGCUGGAUCAGACGGAGACUGAGCGUGGAGACCAACUCAAUGCUAACACAGAGCUAGAAAGAAGACAGCAUCGUGGACGAACCUUGCCUGGCGGUGGUAACUCUGAAAGUGGAUCUUCAAUUGCUGUUCAGAGCAACACCGGAUCAUCAACGCCCACUGUUAAUGGCACGGCUGCAGCUGCUCUUGCUGCUACGGGCGCCACUACAUCUGGCUUAGGAGAACUGCCACCUGGCUGGGAGCAACGCUUUACCCCUGAAGGCCGCGCUUAUUUUGUGGACCACAAUACUAGAACUACAACUUGGGUCGAUCCUCGCAGACAACAGUACAUCAGGACCUACGGCCCAGCAAAUACCACAAUUCAGCAACAGCCCGUUUCUCAACUUGGUCCAUUGCCUUCGGGCUGGGAAAUGAGACUCACGAACACGGCUCGUGUCUACUUCGUGGAUCACAAUACCAAAACCACUACUUGGGACGACCCCCGUUUGCCAUCGUCAUUGGAUCAGAACGUCCCACAGUACAAACGUGAUUUUAGACGUAAGGUCAUUUAUUUCAGAUCUCAACCUGCCCUUAGAAUCCUACCAGGACAAUGUCAUAUCAAGGUUCGCAGAAAGAAUAUUUUCGAGGAUGCUUACCAGGAGAUUAUGAGGCAGACGCCAGAGGAUUUGAAGAAACGUCUGAUGAUUAAGUUCGACGGUGAAGAAGGCUUGGAUUAUGGUGGUGUUUCCAGAGAAUUUUUCUUCUUGCUUUCCCACGAAAUGUUCAACCCGUUCUAUUGUCUUUUCGAGUAUUCUGCUCAUGACAACUAUACUAUUCAGAUAAACCCCAAGAGUGGGAUCAACCCCGAGCACUUGAAUUACUUCAAGUUUAUCGGAAGGGUUGUCGGGCUAGGUGUUUUCCACAGAAGAUUUUUAGAUGCAUUUUUCGUGGGCGCCCUAUACAAAAUGAUGCUUCACAAAAAAGUUGUACUGCAAGAUAUGGAAGGUGUUGAUGCUGAAGUCUACAAUUCUCUUAAGUGGAUCUUAGAGAAUAGCAUAGAUGGCAUUUUGGACUUGACUUUUAGUGCUGAUGAUGAAACAUUCGGUGAGGUCGUGACAGUGGAUUUGAAGCCAGAUGGAAGAAACAUCGAGGUUACGGAUGAAAACAAAAAAGAAUACGUGGAGCUAUUCACUCAGUGGAAGACCUGCAGUCGUGUUCAGGAACAAUUUAAGGCAUUUAUGGAUGGCUUCAAUGAACUCAUACCCGAGGAUCUCGUGAACGUUUUCGACGAGCGUGAACUCGAGCUUUUGAUCGGUGGUAUCGCCGAAAUCGAUGUCGAGGACUGGAAAAAGCAUACCGAUUACCGUGGCUACCAGGAGUCCGACGAGACCGUAAAAUGGUUUUGGAAAGCCAUAUCUGAGUGGGAUAAUGAACAAAGAGCUCGUUUGUUGCAAUUCACUACCGGUACUUCACGUAUUCCUGUUAACGGUUUCAAGGAUCUCCAGGGCUCUGACGGUCCAAGAAGGUUUACGAUCGAAAAAGCCGGGGAAGUCCAACAACUACCCAAAUCACACACAUGUUUCAACAGGGUGGAUCUUCCACCCUACGGCGAUUAUGAGACUCUGAAGCAAAAGCUGACUCUUGCUGUCGAGGAAACAAUAGGGUUUGGCCAAGAGUAA